UGUCUCCUUCAGGUCUCCUUCCAAGUAGAACUUCCAGUCUCCUUUCCAAGUCCCGGCUGUGUUCAGUCCCUGUGAAUCCUUCGGCUUAACUUUUCCUAUUGAUCAAGAAAAAAAAUACCCCACUGAUUUUAGCGGAUUUCAGCUACAUGGAUUCCGAUUCUUACCCACCAACAAAAGCCCUAACCACAAGGUACAAAUGUUAUGCAUGCUACAAGCAAUAUAAGAAAAAGGAACAUCUUGUUGAACACAUGAAGAUCUCGUACCACUCAGCUCAUCAGCCCAGAUGUGCAGUUUGUCAGAAACACUGCAAAUCUUUUGAAUCUCUGAGAGAACAUCUUACAGGUCCGCUGGCAAAAACAAAUUGUUUGGGUAUUUUCUCGGACCGAGGUUGUGAUCUUUGCUUGGAAGUUUUUGAUAGCCCUUCUUCUCUUAACAAGCACAGGGAAAUGUGUUGCCUUUCUGCACCUGCUUCCCUUGCAACUGAGAUACCAACUUGCACAGAAUCACAGAUUUAUGUUUCAGGAUCAAUUGAUGAAUCUUAUGCUUGCAAAGGUGGUGAAGCUGUUGCUAUUGACUGUGAAAUGGUUGGUGGUGGAAGUGAUGGAUCACUUGAUCUUUGUGCUAGGGUGUGCCUUCUUGAUGAAGAUGAAAACAUAAUUUUCCACUCGUACGUUCAACCUCAAAUUCCUGUAACCAACUACAGAUAUGAAGUAACUGGGUUAACUGAAAAACAUCUAAGAGAUGCCAUGCCGCUUAAGGAAGUGCAAAAUAAAAUAUUAGAAAUUUUGUACAAUGGGGAAUCUAUUGGAAAACUAAGGUUGAGUGGUGGAAAUGCAAGGCUUCUUGUCGGUCAUUCACUGGACCAUGAUUUGGAUUGUUUGAGAAUGUUCUAUCCUGAUCAUCUGUUGAGGGAUACAGCAAAAUACCGUCCUUUGAUGAAGACUAAUCUGGUUAGCCACUCACUGAAGUACCUUGUGCAAACCUAUCUAGGAUAUAAUAUUCAGACAGGGGUACAUGAUCCUUAUGAAGACUGUGUGUCAGUGAUGAGACUUUACAAGAGAAUGCGUGCCCAAAAUCAUCAUGUUGAAGGUUCAGGGAUACAAAGUAUAUGUGGUGGUUUUGACUUCUGGAAACCCAAGGAACUUGAGAAGAUGACUCCAGAGAAGCUAUAUGAGAUCUCAAGAUCAAACUACAGAUGUUGGUGCCUGGACUUAAAAGGCCAGCAACCCGGCUUAAUAUAGAUCUUCUGAACAAGUAGAAAAAUUGAGAGGUUCAACAGCUGUAAAUGGGAUCCUGCAGUUCUUUCUCGCCUUUUGGUUUUUGAGGAGUCUGCCAAGCUAUGGUGGCUAUUUUUGGCUGCUCACAGGUUAUAAACAUGACGUCUAAGAUUUGAAAUAGUUUCUUAAAAUUAAUUAUUGAUCAGUAUGGGUGUCUGGGUGGAGAAGAAAAUCUUGGUCCCAAGAGUUUCUGUACAGUUUCAUAGAUAUAAUAGUAUAUAUCUUUGAUAUUAUAACUUAUUUUAAUGAAAUUUUAUGGUCAUGUAAUGUUUUCUUUC